UGCAUCACCACAAAUUUCCAAGCAAGCACAUGUAGUAGGUCAUUGGCCGUCUGUAGUCGAUUGCUGGAGGCAAGUUGCUUUAUAAUCAUAUUUAAUUUCAUAAUUUAAUUAUCGGGAAAUACUUGAAAGGGAAAGAGCUUGAACUAUGGCUGAUGAUUAUGAACCUGAUGACCCUGUUGGAGAUGAUUAUGAUGAUGGAGAACCUGAAGAUGAAAACUUAGAUGAGAUUGAACAAAAUGAAGAAGAAAACUUUGAAGUGCUUCCAUCAUCUGAGCAACCACAGAUGAAUCAAAAGCGUAUCACUACAGCAAUAUUGACAAAAUAUGAGAGAGCUCGAGUGCUGGGAACGCGAGCAUUGCAAAUAGCAAUGAAUGCUCCUGUUAUGGUAGAACUUGAAGGUGAAACGGAUCCUUUGCAAAUAGCCAUGAAAGAGCUAAAAGCACGUAAGAUACCAAUAAUAAUCAGAAGAUAUUUGCCUGAUCGCAGUUAUGAAGAUUGGGGUGUUGAUGAGCUGAUUAUCACUGAAUAAUACUAUAUUGUUAUUGUAAUUUUUAUCGAAAUGAUGAAUUAUGAAAUAUUUUGGUAUAUCAGGGUAUUAUAGGUGUAGAUUUCCUAAUAUUUAUUAUUUAUAUAAAGUUAAGGGAAUUGUUAUGCAACUGUCUGUUCUAUUUAUAUUUCAUAAAGGUUUGUGAUAUUUUUCAAUAAAAGCGGUUGAAUUUUUGUC